AGGCGGCGUUUUUACGUCGGAACCUUCGGCGCUUGGGCGCGCGCUGGGUUGCCCUGGUUACCGUCGCGUGCCGUUCUAGGAGAGCGGAAGUUAGCCCCUUUCCCGCCAAUUUGACCCUGGAAGGAAGGGAGCUGAAUGUCCCUCUGGCUCUGAAAUGGCGGACGUCUUGGACGGGCCCCGGGUUCGCGUCGCCGCCAGUCAGCUGGCGCAGAACAUAGGGAAGAACGUCUGCUUCGUCGGGCGGCUGGAGAAGAUUCAUCCAUCUGGGAAAUUCUUCUUCCUGUCUGAUGGAGAAGGAAAAACGGCAACUGUUGAGCUGAAUACACCUCUGGAAGAAGAGAUUUCUGGAGUCAUUGAAGUAGCAGGGAGAGUUACAAAGCAAGUAAACAUCAUGUGUGCGACAUACACUCAGUUCAGAGAAGAUAAAGGUGCAUUUGAUCUUGCACUAUAUAAUCAAGCUCUGAAAAUUAUUCACGACUUUCCUGAGUACUACCCUUUUGGAACUGAUUGACACCUUUCAUAAUAACAAAAUGGAUCAAUUCUAUACUUGAGGAAAAGAACUGUUCAAAGAAUCUCAUUUGAAAACAAGCUGGCUUAAAAUGCACUUGGGACAUUUUAACUGACAUGCCUAUGAUAUGGUUCAAGCACAGCACCGAUGGAGGAAGAACGCACAUCUCUGAUAAAAGCCAAAAACUUCUCAGUAGAUGAGCAUUUAAUGUCAGAUUACAACGGAGGUAGAUGCCUUUGGAUAAAUAUAUAACAAGCUUCAGAACACCUAUUCAAUUUGCUUUGUUUUCAUUUUGAAAUGAUAUAAGGAAAGUAUCUAGAAGUUAUGUAGGAAUAAUUUCAUUUAGUAGGCAGUAUUCCUGUAGAAACAUAGCCGUUUCAUGAUGCACAAACAUCUGAACAUGGCAGAUUUCCAAUGAGGAUCAAUUUUUUUCUUCCCGUUUCCAUGUUUGAACAUCUCAGCUGAGUCACAAUAAACCCUUAACAAAAUGGUGACAGAACAUUAGAAGUUUGAACAGUAGGCUAGUAUAAGAAACACUGCUGCAAGUGAUUUUGAUAUGGAAGAAUAUACUGUUAAACAUCAGCCAUCUAAUUUGAUUUACCGUGUAUCUAGACUAUCUAUGAACCUUUAGUACAAUAAUCUUGCUGCAACCAUGAGUCUAUUUCAGUGUUUUCUACUGUUAACGAAUUCCUCAUAUGGUAUUCUCCACUAAGUGAACUAACCAGUUGUUAGAAUUAAAAAUAGUGGACAGCUUAAAUGAUAUGACACCAGUGUUAAAAUCUACAGCAGAGGAGUCUGAGAAGUGACUUGAAAGCACAAUAAAAAUUAUUCAGUUUAAAAGUUCCCCAAAGCUACAGUACUCCUUUUCACAAUGAGAUGGAAUAAAUCUCUGCUUGUAUAAUUUA